AUGCAACCGUCCAAGUUAUCAUCAUACAGCAUGUCCAAUGCUGACAAAAGUCAACUUCAAUAUGAUGCAAAUUCCAAACGCAUACUAAAGCGAUUUAUGAGAGAAUUAUUACUGAUCAGUAGAAACGUUUCUAUAACGUCGGAGACAAAUAAGAAAGACCAUGCCCUGAAAAAUUAUUUCAAAGACUUUCCGAUGGAUGUUCUUGUCGGAAAUGUUUUUCAAUUUAUUUCGUAUUUUGAAUUAAUUCAUAAUUUUGCAAUGGUCUCCAAAGAGUGGUGUUUAUGCGUGUGGGAAAAAUAUAUAUUUAAUUCUUCAAUAUCCAGAUUGUUUUUAAAUUUUGAGAGAAGUUUGAAACGAUCGUUUCAUUUUGCCAAACUUGGAGGCGAAUAUACAAAAUUUCCCAUCUUAUUACCCAGUUAUGAUGAUCAUGUCAUGUGUGACUCGAAUUUUGGAAUUGUCAAACUGGAGCCAGUGGCUCUAUUUGGAGAGAAUUGUGAAGCCAAAUUGCAUCACCUACAAGACAGCACAAGACAAUUGAAAUUUCUUGCAUUUGAUCCUCUCAAAGAGCAUCGAAUUCUACAUGGUACUAAAUUUUCCAUCGAUCAAGAUUCAGAGAUUGUCUCACGUGAAUUACAUCAAUUGGAACAUUUUCGAAAAUAUGUCACUUCACCCAUACGAGGAGCGUAUCGUCUUUACAAAUCCUAUCCCAAACGCGUUCCUCUCAACAAAUUCAGUUUUGCUGAAAUAUUUAUUGAAUCCUUAUAUAGCAAUAAGGAAAAUAUCACUUCAAUCUUCUUUCCAGAUUUUUUAAAGAAAGAAAUUAAGAAUUUAAAUCUCUCAGAAAAGGAUCACAAUAAGGCCUAUUUUGCUUGUAUUGUUUGGCUCAUGAGAGAAAUUUUGAGCUUUUUCUACAUGAUCUUUCAAUAUCGAAUGUAUAGUACUAAAUAUUCAAAAAAGAUUCCACAUUCCACACAAACGUCAUUGUCUUCAUGGUCGACUUCACACACAUUGACUCCAACAAGCAAAGAAAAGUUAAAUACCACCACAAAUACGACUACUACAAGUACUACUUCCACCUCUUCUACUACAAGUACUUCUACUACUAUUACCACUUUUAACAGCAGCAACACUCGUCCAAUGAUUCCAUUUGAAGAAGACUCUCAUCCUCCUUCGAACAUUAAAAUUUGCCUUCGAGAAAAGAGAGUCUGUCUUUCACGCUAUGAAGGCCAUGACCACUUUUCAAGUGAAAUUGAUGAAUGUUUUACACAAGUCGCAGAUGUCAUGUAUGGAAUGAAUGUGAUGAAUGCUACUAGUGGUCUCACGAUUGGAUUUAUUGGUUGGAGAGUGUUAAAAACUGAUGUUACCUAUAAGAGAAGGUUUUAA